AGGGGUCGCGUCGCGGUUCCAUGUUCCCGGCGGUUUGAAGAGGGGCCCCCUUCCCGGGCGUGGUCGGGCUGGGCGGGUUCCGAGCGGCGGAUUUGUCCCAGGGCCGAGCCCUCUAGGGCGGGGCCUGGUCGGGUACCGGGGGACCCUGGCCCGGGGCCGAGCACGGCUGCCCCGCCUCAGCCCUGGCCUUCUCCGGCCCCGCCGUGAGGCCCGGGAGGUGACUGCUGCAGGCGUCCGGCUUGGACGAACCGCCGUUCCCAGUGCUGGGACCCUUUAAGGUGAUAGACUAGAGAACAAGACCUCUGUCUCCGUAGCAUCCUGGAGCAGUCUGAAUGCCAGAAUGGAUAACCGUUUUGCUACAGCAUUUGUAAUUGCUUGUGUGCUUAGCCUCAUUUCCACCAUCUACAUGGCAGCCUCCAUUGGCACAGACUUCUGGUAUGAAUAUCGAAGUCCAGUUCAAGAAAAUUCCAGUGAUUUGAAUAAAAGCAUCUGGGAUGAAUUCAUUAGUGAUGAGGCAGAUGAAAAGACUUAUAAUGAUGCACUUUUUCGAUACAAUGGCACAGUGGGAUUGUGGAGACGGUGUAUCACCAUACCCAAAAACAUGCAUUGGUAUAGCCCACCAGAAAGGACAGAGUCAUUUGAUGUGGUCACAAAAUGUGUGAGUUUCACACUAACUGAGCAGUUCAUGGAGAAAUUUGUUGAUCCCGGAAACCACAAUAGCGGGAUUGAUCUCCUUAGGACCUAUCUUUGGCGUUGCCAGUUCCUUUUACCUUUUGUGAGUUUAGGUUUGAUGUGCUUUGGGGCUUUGAUCGGACUUUGUGCUUGCAUUUGCCGAAGCUUAUAUCCCACCAUUGCCACGGGCAUUCUCCAUCUCCUUGCAGGUCUGUGUACACUGGGCUCAGUAAGUUGUUAUGUUGCUGGAAUUGAACUACUCCACCAGAAACUAGAGCUCCCUGACAAUGUAUCCGGUGAAUUUGGAUGGUCCUUCUGCCUGGCUUGUGUCUCAGCUCCCUUACAGUUCAUGGCUUCUGCUCUCUUCAUCUGGGCUGCUCACACCAACCGGAAAGAGUACACCUUAAUGAAGGCAUAUCGUGUGGCAUGAGCAAGAAACUGCCUGCUUUACAAUUGCCAUUUUUAUUUUUUUAAAAUAAUACUGAUAUUUUCCCCACCUCUCAAUUGUUUUUAAUUUUUAUUUUAUUUGUGGAUAUACCAUUUUAUUAUGAAAAUCUAUUUUAUUUAUACACAUUCACCACUAAAUACACACUUAAUACCACUAAAAUUUAUGUGGUUUACUUUAAGCGAUGCCAUCUUUCAAAUAAACUAAUCUAGGUCUAGACAGUAAGAAAUGGAUAGAGACUUGACACAAAUUUAUGAAAGAAAAUUGGGAGUAGGAAUGUGACCCAAAACAAGUUGUGCUAAUGUCUGUUAGACUUUUCAGUAAAACUAAAGUAACUGUAUCUGUUCAACUAAAAACUCUAUAUUAGUUUCUUUGGGAAACCUCUCAUUGUCAAAACUUUAUGUUCACUUUGCUGUUGUAGAUAGCCAGUCAGCCAGCAUUGUUAGUGCUGUUUUCAAAGAUUUAAGCUCUAUAAAAUUGGGAAAUUAUCUAAGAUCAUUUUCCCUAAGCAUUGACACAUAGCUUCAUCUGAGGUGAGAUAUGGCAGCUGUUUGUAUCUGCACUGUGUCUGUCUACAAAAAGUGAAAAAUACAGUGUUUACUUGAAAUUUUAACUUUGUAACUGCAAGAAUUCCAGUUCAGCCGGGCGAGGAUUAAUAUUAUUUUUAACUCUACAUAAGAUUUUCAGUACCACCAAAUUGUUCUGGAUUUUUUUUCUUUCCUCUUCACAUACCAGGGUUAUUAAAAGUGUGCUUUCUUUUUACAUUAUAUUACAGUUACAAAGUAAAAUUCCCCAACUGCUAUUUAUUCCAGCCCAGUACCAUAAAGAACGUUUCACCAUAAUGACCCUCCAGAGCUGGGAAACCUACCACAAGAUCUAAAGUUCUGGCUGUCCAUUAACCUCCAACUAUGGUCUUUAUUUCUUGUGGUAAUAUGAUGUGCCUUUCCUUGCCUAAAUCCCUUCCUGGUGUGUAUCAACAUUAUUUAAUGUCUUCUAAUUCAGUCAUUUUUUUAUAAGUAUGUCUAUAAACAUUGAACUUUUAAAAACUUAUUUAUUUAUUCCACUACUGUAGCAAUUGACAGAUUAAAAAAAUGUAACUUCAUAAUUUCUUACCAUAACCUCAAUGUCUUUUUUAAAAAAUAAAAUUAAAAAUGAAAAGAGA